CAAAUUUUAGCUUACUUGUCCACGCUUGUGACGAAUCAGAGAAAAGCAGAAGUGCUUCUGUGUAAGAGUGAAGUAAAAGGUGCAAAGAAUCGAUGACAGUGUUUAACACUCGAUCAACGACAACAGUAGCAGCAACAUUGGCAACAUCAACGACGACAACAACUGAAUCUAUGAGCGAGGGGACCAGUAGCUGUGGCAACACAACACGUCAAAUAUCCAGCGCACAUGGAGCUUUAGGAGAAGCAGCCCCGAGCAGUGUCUUGGACAACAACGUUGUAUUCCCUGUGGGCAGUGUGUUGGAGUGUCGAAAUGUGUUGAAUUCUACGACCGUUGGUCAGGUGAUCUGCUCAGACCAGCCGACGCGACUUCUCGUCCUAAGGGAUACUUCAGGACCAGCUGGAGUACCGUUGGUACGUAUAGUCAAUCUGGCUCUUGUUGCACAGGUAACAUGUCUGAAAGAUAAAGGGAGCGAGCAAUCGUUACCUUGGCCAAAUUUGCAGAUAUCCACAAAACAAGUGCAAGAACGGAUGAACCGUGCAAUAGCACGAAAGAAAGCAUCCAUAAUGCAAACUAAUGUAUCGGUUGAGGGGCAGCGAGCUUUUAUUCAUCUGAGGAAAACACUGGAACAUAGGGUGGAAUGGUCAGGUAAUAAUAUCAAAGUACUCAAUCGUGUAUUAGUACAACCACCAUAUACAGCUGAUUCCAUUGAACCUAUUGGUGACAUCAGCGAUACGGCAGUCGCUUCAGCAAAAGAACAUGUUCGCAAAAUCUUAACGAAAUAUCGCAGUACUCAACAAAUAAGUACUCCUAGCGACGAUGCACCUGCAGAUCCUACACCGUCAGGUUGAAAGCAGCAGAGAACGAUCAGAAAAAUAUCGUAUGAUUUUCUCUGACGUUUCAAAUUCCAUACGAUGAUUACCAAGUUUAUUGAUUCUUUGGGCAGUUUCUACAUUGUCCUAGAGAGUGAGUAGGAUUACUCUGAAAUAAUAUCCAUGUUUAUACUACCAGUUCUGCUUGUAGUUCCAUUUAUACACUUUUUUCAUUAUGAAGAUCACUUCAAACUUUAGCAUCUUUACCAAAAGUUCUGAAAUAUAACGCAUUUUUUUUAAUUUUAACUUCUGGCAU